AUGGAGCUACGGCCUAUUCCAUCACCCGCUUCAGCCGGACCCAUUCUAUCACCUGCUUCAGCUAGGCCCACUCCAUCACCCGCUCCAGUCGGGCUUUCUACGUCUACUACUAUAUCACGAAGACCUCGGGAUGAUCCUGAGGGUGCUUCAACUUCAUACUUGCCACCACCCUCACGUAGACUUCGUCGGGGAAGUUCUUCUUCUGUCGGGCCACCUCCAGAGGUACACGAGGAUUAUCCGGUGCGGGGGCCAGUGCAUGUGCUAGAGCCUGUUUGGUACCCCGGUGGGCCCGUAGAUGUCUCUCUGCUUACUAGCAGGGACUCCCAGAGGUUCUACAACCAUGGGCGGAAGAUUAAGGAUCUCGUGCAGCCUGACCAACCAUGGUUUGAGGAGGUAAUGGCAGCUUCAGGCCCGAGGGACCUUUGUACGCUCGACUACCAUACUAUACAUAAUGGUAUGCUUGCAGCCUUUAUGGAAAGAUGGCAUCCUGAGACCUCCUCCUUCCAUCUACCCCACGGUGAGAUUACGAUCACCCUAGAUGAUGUGGCAUGCCUGCUUCAUCUACCUAUCAGGGGUAUCCUCUUUCGUCACAGUAGGAUGACAAAAGCGGAAGCUCAGGAGAUGUUGAUUGCUGAGCUGGGGGUUGAUCCUGAUUAUGCCCUUGAGGAGGUGGAGAGGACUCGGGGGGUCCACGUCAAGUUUAGCUUCCUUCAGAGGCAAUCCGACUUGGAGCUCACUGCGGCACACCAGGCUGAGGGAGACGACUUGGAGCAGGCUACGCACAGAGAGCGGCACGUAUCCAUGAGUACAACUGAGGAGGGGUUGUACUGGCGUACAAUUACUACAGACUGGGAGAGGGAUACAUGCUUGGAUACUACAACACUUCCUAGACAUUAUUGGCUGGGAAGAGGUGCCCACCUACACAGAGGUAAUGUUGCGUGCCAGUCGUUUCAUUGCCGUAGAGGGAACCAGCAUCCGGAUCCAUACAGGCGCGGUCUUGACCGCAUGGCCGUCGAGGACAUCAAGUAUGACUGCUAUGCUGCGCAUCAGGAGACGGUUCCGUUUGACGAGAUAGCUAUGUACUCCGGAUGGUUGGCCGCCAGCUCGACCAUUAUUGUACGCUAUCUUCUAGAGCGCGUCAUGUGGCAGUUGGGAUUUGAGCAGACGAUACCUCGCGAUCCUACUGCCUCAGCUCCUAUCUCCAUGACCCGCAUGCAGUUAGAGGAGGUCUUCGCAUGUUGGGAGCAGCACGUGGUCCCUUAG